CGUAUCACACAUAACCACGUUCGCCAAGCAUAGUUGCACUCGCAUAUAUCCUUCAUCCUUUAUAUAUCUCUCAUUCACUCACGUUUCCUUUGCCUACCAUAACCUUACCAGUUACCAAACAAUGCCACCUCAAACCACACUCACCGGAUUGCUCCACCACGUCGCCAGAAUAUUCCCCUCCCACCGUGCCCUCUCCGUCUCCGGUAAAUUCGACCUCACCCACUCUCGCCUCCACCACCUCGUUGAAACCGCCGCCUCGCGCCUCCUCUCCGCCGGCAUCAAACCCGGCGAUGUCGUCGCCCUCACCUUCUCCAACACCGUCGAGUUUAUAAUAACGUUUUUGGCCGUUAUUCGAGCGCGAGCGACGGCGGCGCCGUUGAACGCGGCUUACACAGCGGAAGAGUUCGAGUUUUAUUUAUCCGAUUCUGAGUCGAAGCUGUUAGUAACCUCGAAAGAAGGGAACGAGCCGGCUCAAGCGGCGGCUUCCAAGCUCAACAUUCCGCACGCAACGGCUUUUCUCGCUGAGGAGCUGACUCUUUCUCUGGAUCACACCGAGUCAGCGCCCGACUCGCUCUCCGAACUCGCCAACGACCCGUCCGACGUGGCGCUCUUCCUCCACACUUCCGGCACCACCAGCCGCCCCAAGGGCGUGCCGUUGACGCAGCACAACUUAGCCUCUUCGGUCGAGAACAUCAAAGCCGUCUACAAACUCACUGAGUCCGACUCGACGGUGAUCGUUCUCCCGUUGUUCCACGUCCACGGCUUAAUCGCGGCGUUGCUGAGUUCUCUCGCCGCCGGCUCCGCCGUGGCGCUUCCGGCGGCGGGGAGGUUCUCCGCCUCCACGUUUUGGAGUGACAUGGUGAGGUACAAGGCCACGUGGUACACCGCGGUUCCUACGGUGCACCAGAUCGUAUUGGAGCGUCACUUGAAAAAUCCGGAACCGGUUUACCCGAAGCUCCGGUUUAUUCGGAGCUGCAGCGCGUCGCUUGCGCCGGCUAUACUGGAGCGGUUGGAGGAGGCGUUCGGGGCCCCGGUUUUGGAGGCGUAUGCGAUGACGGAAGCGUCGCAUUUGAUGGCGUCGAACCCUUUGCCGGAUGAUGGGCCUCACCGGGCCGGGUCCGUUGGAAAGGCCGUGGGCCAGGAAAUGGUGAUAUUGGAUGAGAAGGGUGAGAUUCAAAAGGGUGGGGUGACAGGCGAGGUUUGCAUUAGGGGACCCAAUGUAACGAAUGGGUAUAAGAAUAACCCUCAUGCGAAUAGUGCUGCUUUUCAAUUCGGGUGGUUCCACACGGGUGAUCUCGGGUUUUUUGAUUCCGAUGGCUAUUUGCACCUCGUUGGUCGUAUCAAGGAGCUCAUUAAUCGCGGAGGGGAGAAAAUAUCACCAAUAGAGGUGGAUGCCGUCCUUCUGUCUCAUCCAGACAUUGCUCAGGCAGUUGCAUUCGGAGUGCCGGAUGACAAAUAUGGCGAAGAGAUAAAUUGUGCAAUCAUCCCAAAAGAAGGAUCAAACAUUGACGAGGCAGAGGUGCAGAGAUUUAGCAAGAAGAACCUUGCAACCUUCAAAGUCCCUAAAAAGGUCUUCAUCACUGAUUCUUUGCCAAAGACCGCCACUGGCAAGAUUCUAAGGCGUCUCGUAGCAGAACACUUCGUUUCUCAAACUUGAACAGCUCAAUACUCUCUGGAGCCUAAAUAAGUAGCUUGCCGAUGAAGAUUUAAACACUGUUCUUGGAGAAGACCAACCUAAAUUUAAACAUUGUGUUACUGUUAGCUUAUGGGCAAGUUCGAUGUUACAAAUAAAGAUUUAAGAUUAGUUUUAUCUUUAAAAAAGUAUUAUAUAAUUAUACUAUCCAAGACUUUUCAUCCCUAA